GAAACAAACUUAUUCAAAUAAUAUAAUUUAUUUUUUUACAUUUAAGAUUGGUUAUAAAAAAUAUUAGUAAUAGAAAAAAUAUUAAUUAUAGACUUUACUGUCGUGUAUCCAUGUUAAAAUAAAAAAAAUGAUUAUUAAUUAAGUAUAUUUAAUUAUUCAAUUACGCUUGUCAUUUAAAUUGUUUAAAAUGGCGACUAAUGAUUUGACUAGAGUAAAGGGAACUUCUAUUGUUAAACCAAUUAUAUAUGGAAACACUGCUAAAUAUUUUGGCCAAAAACGACAUGAAGAUGGUCAUACUCACAAAUGGUGUGUAUAUGUAAGGCCUUAUGUUGAUGAAGACAUUGGUACCUGGGUCAAAAAAGUUCAUUUUAAAUUACAUGACAGUUAUGAAAGCCCAACUCGAGUGGUGCAGAAACCUCCAUUUGAAGUAUCUGAAACAGGCUGGGGCGAAUUUGAAUUAGUUAUCAAGAUAUUUUUUCAAGAUACAAGUGAAAGACCGGUUACUCUUUAUCAUGUACUUAAGUUGUAUAGCAAUGGACAAGACUCUGAGCUAAGUGAAAAACCAGUCUUAUCUGAAUUUUAUGAGGAAAUUAUUUUUCAAGAUCCAUCAACUUACAUGAAAUAUGUAUUAAAUGAUACAUUAAGUAAAAAUCCUCCUAUUGUUGAACAAAAUCUACAUUAUGAACGUAUUAAGAAGACAACAGUUGAAAAAAUGAUAAAAUCUAGAAAAAGAGUACAAGAACACACAGUUAUGUACAAAGAACGAUUAAAAAAAUUAAGAGAUACUAUAAACAAAUUUAAAGAUGAAAUUUGUGCAUUGCAAUCACAAUGUAGUUCAUCGACAUUGCGAUAAAUCAAAAUAAAUAGAUCCAUAAUGAUUAUUGUCAUCUUUCCAAAAAAAAAAAAAAUAAUAAUAUUAAGUAUCUAUUUAUUUUAGUUAUUAUAUUUUAAUUUAUAUUUAUUUCAAUUUCGAAUUAUAUAAAUAUAAAUUAUGAUUCGUAUUUCAUAAGUAAUUAAAACUAUAAUUUUUUAAUUAUUAUCAUUGGUUAUAGAAGAGACUAUUCUAUCUAAAUCUAUUCUAUAAUCAAUGUUAUUACCAAUCCUUCCAGUUAGAUUAUAAAAUUUCUAUGAAUAAUGUAUAAUAAAAUAGAAAAUUUAUAAUUUAUGACUAUGGGAUUAAUGGGAUUAAUCUUUUAAUAAUUUAAAUGACUGCCUUAUGAAACAAUAUCUUUUAUAUUUGACUAGGUUCAAUAUUAUUUUAAGUUAUUUUCUUUCAAAAAUCAUCCAGAUUAUAUUAAAUCCAGUUGAAGUAGCUUAUUGAGUACCCAAAUCAUUCCUAUACAUCUUAUAGCCUAUAGCUAGUAUGUGGAACCUAACAUAACCUAUACAUUUAAACUUUCUGUCUAAAGAUUUUCUUACUUCCUACUAAAAUGGAAAACUUUAGUUAUUAUUUUAAUCCUAGGAUCAAAGAAACCACCCAAUAUUUCUAACAUCUUAUUUAAGAUUAGUAAUAUCUAAUCUAACCUAUUGUAAUUUUAUAUCAAUAAGUUCAUUGCCUUUGCAAAAACUUAUUUAUAAAUGAAUAGAAUUAACUUUGAUAACUGCAGAACCAAUUCAUUUAAAAAUAAAAUACUGUUCAGAAUUGCUAUUUUUGACAUAGCUCAAAGUAUUAGAUCAAGUUGAGAUUCAAACUGAUUGCAAUUCCCAAAUUGAUAAACAAUUACAUAUAGACUUAUUUAAAUUAAGUGUAUCACCAUUAAGUGGCUGUUUUUUAUUAUUAUGUCAAUAUUGUCAUCUGUCAAGUCAUAUCACUUAUUAUAUUUUACAUAUUAUACUUUUGUAAAUAAUAAAUUAAUAGAUUGUACAUAGGUGCACCGUAUAAAUUAUAUAAAAAAUAAAGUUAAUAAUAAUAACUAAUAUAGAAAUUUCAUGUUUAUGUACUGUUAUUAAAAUAAAAUUGUAAAUAUGUAGUAUUAUGUUAUUAUAAUAUGUUAGAUAGUAAAAUUGUUUUUUAUCAUAUUAAGCAUUAAACUAAGUAUGAUUGUAUAUAAUAUAAAAAAAAACAUUUUGCAUAAAAUUUUAACAAUAUAUUUUGUAUGGAAAUAAUAAAUAUAAUUAUUCUUUUGAAUCUUAUAACAAAA